AUGGAACUUCGUGCACAGAAUUUUGAUAUUAUCCGUUUUUCGACUUAUCGGACAGCUUGUAAGCUCCGUUUCAUACAAAAAAAGUUAAAUUUGCAUUUGCUCGAUCUUCCAAACGUUAUUGAAGCACUUCGAGAAUGCGCAACGUGGACGGAAAUAACUACACCCACAAAUACUCGCAGUCUUACUUCAUCUCCUUAUAAUACUAACUUAUUCAAAUCUGAUUCUUUAUCAUUACCACAGACUACAAUGGCGACACUUGAUCGCUCAACAUUUUCAUCUAACAGACAGCCUCUACAAUAUAUGAUAACCUCUUCUCGUUUAACUACAUUUUUAACAUCUGUUUACACAAAUCUGAACAAACGUUUACCAUCAUCUCAGCAGCUAAAUGUUGAACAAUGUGUAAAAUGUUCAACAGCAUGGUUUCUUUUUGUCUAUGAUUCACAGUAUUUACAAGCCAUUCGUUUGAAUUCAUUUAAAGUCGCCUUAAUUUUAUUAUGUGCUGGAAAAUUGAUUGAUAAAAUGAAAUAUUUAUUUACAACAAAUGCUCAAUCUACAUCUGCAUCGUCUCAAACUAUGAAUUUAAAACAAAUCGAUGAAUUAUUACAUGAAAUAUUAGCCAUUCCACAAGCAUUACAAGAAACACCAUCGUUUCCGUAUCGAUCAAAUCUUACACAAAAUCUAUUCCCAAACUCAUCCACAACAAUUGCUUUACAAGAAUUUCUCGAGACAUUAAUUCUCACUGAACCAGUUCCAGCUUGUCUACAGUGGUUGAUCAUUUUUCAUCGCCUAAUUAGUGUUGAAAAUGAUUGCUUUUGGCGUGGACGCAUAACAGAUGAUCAUCAAUUAGAACACGAAAUGAAAGAAUAUACAUAUUUUCAGUCUCCCGUCAAAGAAUUUCGACAGUCUUUAAGAAGAUCAUUUCAAUGUGUACCUAAAAAUGAUGAAAAUAAAAAACAUCAAUCAACUGCAUCACCCUCAUCAUCGCCUGGCUUUUUCUCAUGGAAAUCGAGAAAAUCUCACCAUCAUUCAACAGUAUCAUCGCCUUCCUCAACACAACCAUCGAGUCCACUAACAGUAGGCAAAGAUGAUAAUCAUAUAAAAGAGCCAAUAGUUCGUUUAACAACACCAGCAAUACAAUCAAAAUUUAAUCAUCACAACUAUUUAACAGAAUCAAGUGGAGUUAACGAUGAAGAACAUCAACGGAUUCAAGUAAUAAAAUUAUUACCGAGACCGGUUAAGCAACAAUUACAAUCACCAAUAGCGGAAGUUUCAGGCGCAAUAACGACAGCAAAUAGCAAUAAAAACAAUAACGUUGAUAUAGAUGAACACGUACAAAUUGCAUGUUACGCACAACAACUGGCAUCAGUAGUGCAAAAAAGCACAGCACAACGUUUUCCAUCGUGUCCAAUGAAUUUACAAAUGAAUCAUCAUCAUCGAGGUCUGUCUUCAAGUAGUCACGGUAGCACUCUGAUGAUGGAUCAACCGCUAGAUAAAAGAUUAGUUAUAGCAAAAUUAGAAGCAAAGAAUAGACGUAUUUUAAGCGAAAUAAACAGACUGCGCGAUCAACUCAAACGUCGUGGCUCAUUAGAUUUUGCUGAGAUGCACGCUUACAGCGAUACUGAUGCAUCAUCCUAUCCGUAUUGUUUAUCGUCCUCAUUAGCUACAAUUCCCAUGAAUAUGGUUGAACGCAACGUCCACACAUUACCGCAUCAACAUCCCAGCCCUCUUCGUUAUUUUUCACCAUAUGCACAACAGCAGCAGCAACAACAUUAUCACUCAACAGUUAAUAAUCGUUUCUCUAAUCAACAUCAACGUAGUCGUAGUCAACAAACAGGUUUAAUAAAACGCAGUGGUAAUGGUGAUUAUAUUGAACAUGAAUUAAACACUUUAAUUAAACACAAACAAGAAUUGGAAACACGUAUUGAUCAUUUACAACAAAGUAAAGAAGAGUUAACAUCGCAAUUAGAUACAUUAUCAAAAUUAGUCAAAUUUACACCAUAUCAACAGCAACAACGUACAAGUCCAAAAGGUCGUUUGAGUAUAUCACCAGAAAGAAUGAUUUCUUGUAACAAUAGAAUUGACCGAAAUACAGCAUCAUUUCGAAGUUAUUCAACACCAACAACACCCACUAUUGAACCUUUGUAUUCUUCCAAACAAAAUGAUUUUGAUACGAACGAUUAUUAUACAUCUCCGUUAGCAAAUCAAUCGCCAGCAAUUGGCUCUGUUAAAUCCUUGCGCACUGAUUUAUUAAUUGCAGCAGAUUCUUUAACAUCGGCUAUGUCAAGCCUAGUAAAACAAUUGAAUACAGAGAGUAAUGAGUCUCUUGUUGAAAUAUUGUCAAAUCACAACGAUAAUAAAAGUAAUCAUCAACACGAUUAUGACGAUGAUGAUGACGAUAAUAAAAAUAAUAAAAUUCCCUAUUUUAAUCAACAAGAGAACGGUCAUUCAAAAACAACAUCAACAACGGUUGGUCAAGUUCAUUGGAUCGAUGAUAAUGAUAAAAAUAAUAAUAAUAGCAAUUCACAACAGACUUAUAACACCAACAAUAACAAUAAUAAUAAUAAUCAAAACACUAACGGUUAUUCCAUUUCCAAUAAAAUACAUUUAGAACAUUCAAAUGAUAUUUGGAGAACAGAGACAAACGGUGAAAGUGAAAAUCAUAAAAAUAAUGACAACUUUCCCAAUGAGACCAACGACAACGGCAGUGAUAGCCGUACAGAUGAAGAGUCGUCACUCACAACAGAUGAUGAUAGUUUGCAGCAAGAGCGUACAACAGACGACGAUUUAUUACGAACAACUGAUGAUGAGGAUGCAACAGCGACAGAUCGAAAAAAGAUUGUUGUACCUAGUAUUGCAGAAUCGCCUCCAUUGUUAACUUAG